GAGGUUAAUGGCACAAGGAACUUAUCAAUAAAAAUGGAACUUCGUAAACAUUUACUGACAAGUCAAAAAUAAAUACUGUGUUAGUGAUGCUGACAUUUUGAUGAGGAAUAAUAGCAUAAGUGAUAAGCAUGUUGCCAGGUUUCUCUUUAGUCGCUGUUCGCAUGGGUCCCCCGAUUUCUCAGUUGUAGGUGUAGCAUAAUAUCCCGUGAUAUGUUUGUGUUUUGGGACAAUUUCAAUGAAUAGGAAUUGGGUUCUUGAAGCAGCAAUGGCAGGGGUUACGCCGUAUGGUAUAUACGGACUUUAUCCUGGCAAUCAGUAUGGUAAUGGUUCCUUUGACGGUCCUCCGCGUCGCUAUGUGGUACGCUCCCAUUCGAGCUCAGACGAAGACACCCCGCGACGUCGUCGUGGAGGUUAUGGUUACGAAGACACCAUGGGACUGAAAAUCACUUCCGGGAAGCUAGUGCUAACCAAAGAUGAUAGAAAUAUGGUCGGAAUCUCCAUUGGAGGAGGCUACCCGAAUUGCCCUUGCGUUUACGUAGUCCAGAUAUUUGAUGGAACACCAGCAGCAAAAGAUGGGAUACUGGAGUCUGGAGAUGAGAUCACUGCAGUUAAUAAUAAACCCGUCAAAGGAAAGACCAAAAAUGAAGUUGUUCGCGCCAUUCAAAACAGCCCUAAAGAAGUUAUUCUUAGUUACAACAAACUGCACGCGGAACAGGAACAGGGAAAUUCCUUGGAUAUUGUUUUGAAGAAAGUUAAGCACCGGAUUGUGGAGCAUAUGAGCAGUUCCACUGCAGACUCGUUGGGCUUGAGUCGUGCUAUCUUGUGUAACGAUACGCUGGUUAAAAAGCUUCAGGAACUGGAACGAAAUGCUGACCUUUACCGUGGGUUAAUUAUGCACAUUCAAUCCCUGAUGAAACAUUAUUUCGAGCUUUUUCGCGUGCAUAAACAAUUGGGGGAUGUUUUUUCUGAAAUUGCGGUGCGAGAAUCCUUGGAAAGAGCUAACAAUGCUUUCCAUAAAUAUGGAGAGACCCAUCGGAACAUGGCCAAAACGGGUGUCAAAAUGUUGAAAAUUUUGAAACCGAUUCUGGCUGAUUUGGGUACGUUCCUUAAUAAGGCCAUUCCGGAUACCGAAUUGACCGUUCAAAAAUAUGCAGACGCGAAAUUUGAAUAUCUGUCAUACUGCCUUAAAGUUAAGGAAAUGGAUGAUGAAGAGGUGACGUUCAAUCAGUUACAAGAAUCAUUGUAUCGUGUGGAGACUGGCAACUACGAGUAUCGGCUCGUACUGCGUUGUCGCCAGCUUGCGCGCAGCAAGUUCUCUAAAUUGCGCUCGGAUGUAUCCAUUAAAUUGGAUCUUCUCGACCGAAAGCACAUUGAAGACAUUUUAUUCCAAUUGCAACGUUUUGUUGCGGCGCUGUGUCGGUACAACGAAGAAGCUGCCAAAGAAAUUAAGGGCCUGAUUGGUUUAUUUCCGGUGGAGAUGGAUCUGAAGGAAGAUGUCUUUCAGUACAAGCAAAAUCCGUUUCACCGAUUUGAUUCUGAUGAUCUCGAGGAAGGCGCAAGAUCUGCUGUCCCGACAAGUGAGGCUCCUGCGCUGGACACAAAUAUUAUUGAUCUCGAUCACUGACUGUUUUGUUUGAGUAUGAAUGGUUUUGCAAAGUGAAUUUUAGCUUCUUGUGUGUGGCUGCCAUAAACCAUAAAUGGCUGUCUUUUUUUACCUGUGUUUGUAAAUGAUCUCGGCUUGUGACAGUGGUGAGUUGUAAGUUAUGUCAUUACUCAUUAGUAUGACUGGAAAGUUUGUAACAACUGGUAAAACUGAUAAAUUAAACGGUUUCGAGAAGAAUAA